AUGGCUCCAUCAAUUGAGGUGCGCAAGCUUUCCUACAAAUUUCCGGAUGGCUCCAAUGGCCUGAAGGAUGUAGACCUCAGCUUGCCUCCUGGAAGCCGAACUUUACUUAUUGGAGCAAAUGGUGCUGGCAAGACAACCUUGCUUCGAUUGCUAUCUGGAAAGAGGCUAGCUCCGACAAAUACAAUCGAAGUCGGCGGCGUGGAUCCGUUUAAAGAGGGCCUAGAAGGUGUCACAUAUCUCGGAGUAGAAUGGGUUCUGAAUAGCAUUGUGCGAACGGAUAUCGAUGUCCCCACGCUUCUCGCCUCGGUUGGUGGUGAUGCCUUCCCUGAACGUCGGGACGAACUCAUCGACAUCCUUGACAUUGAUCUUGAGUGGAGAAUGCACGCUGUCUCUGAUGGCGAGCGAAGACGUGUGCAGCUUGCCAUGGGCUUGCUUCGGCCGUGGCAAGUCUUGCUACUAGAUGAAAUCACCGUUGAUCUCGAUUUAUUGUCGCGAAGCAACUUUCUUUAUUUCUUGAAACGAGAGACAGAGACAAGAGCUUGCACAAUUGUCUAUGCAACUCACAUCCUGGACAAUCUUUCACAGUGGCCGACGCAUUUAGUGCAUAUGCAUAUGGGCCAAGUUAAACAGGCUGGGACAAUGCAGAAGUUCGACCAAGAGGUUCCGAACAGGUCGGCUGAGAACAGUUUGCUUGGAGACUUGGUUCUUCACUGGCUAAAACAAGAUCUUGAUGCACGCGGACCGCGAGGCAAAAAAUCUGGCCAGGGUAAAACGUACCCCACCAGCGAAGCCAUCGGGGGCUACGGCCUUGAGAAACGUCCAGAGAAAUAA